UAUAAACACCGAUCAAGGUAUCAUAGAGAAUGUCAAAUCCACUUAUAGAAGCAUCAAAAUAAAACACUCUCAUAUCAGGAUAUUCCAGAACCUGAAAAACAAAGUCAAACAUGACUAGUAUUCUCCUUGUUGCUCUCCUUUUACUGAUCCCAAUUCUCUUUCUGCUAAAAAGAACCAAACAAUCCAAAAGGGUUCCUCCAGGUUCACUUGGAAUUCCCAUUAUUGGUCAAAGCCUUGGCUACCUUCGAGCUCGACGCGCCAACAUAGCAGAAAAAUGGGUUGAAGACAGAAUCAACAAGUAUGGUCCAAUUUCAAAGCUAAGCCUAUUUGGAAAACCAACUGUUUUGAUUCAUGGACAGGCUGCAAAUAAGUUUAUAUUUGCCAAUGGCGGUGGCAAUAUUGUUAACAUGCAAAUACAGUCUAUUAAGAUGAUAUUAGGUGACAGGAACUUGCAAGAACUGAGGGGCAAAGAUCAUAGCAGAGUUAGAGGUGCACUUGUCUCAUUCUUGAAGCCAGAAUCUUUGAAACAAUAUGUUGGUAAAAUUGAUGAAGAAGUUAGGAGGCACAUUCAGAUGCAUUGGGAAGGGAAACAGCAGGUCAAAGUAUUACCCCUAAUGAAAACUCUCACAUUCAACAUAAUUUCCUCUCUUUUGUUUGGUCUUGAGAGUGGAAAUCAAAGAGAUCAAUUCAUGAAUCCCUUCCAAGAAUUGAUGAAAGGAGUGGUGUCUGUCCCAAUUAAUAUACCCUUCACACGCUACAACCGCAGCCUCAAAGCAAGCGCAAAGAUCCAAAACAUGUUAAAGGAGAUUGUGCAUCAAAAGAAAGUUGAACAGGAGAAAAAUGGCGUCAAUCCCCGCCAAGACUUAAUCAGUUGCAUGCUUAGCAUGGUUGAAGACGACAAACAAGUUUUAACUGAAAAUGAAAUCAUCCAUAAUGCUAUGCUUGUCAUGGUUGCAGGAUAUGACACAUCAUCUGUUCUAAUCACUUUCAUUAUCCGGCUCUUGGCUAAUGAACCAGCUAUUUGUGCAGCUGUUCUUCAAGAACAGGAAGAGAUAGCAAAAGGAAAGCUUUUAGGAGAACCUCUAACAUGGGAAGACCUUUCAAAGAUGAAGUACUCUUGGAGAGUAGCAAUGGAAACUCUUAGAAUGGUUCCUCCAGUCUUUGGUGGAUUCAGAAAAGCAGCAACAGAUAUUGAAUAUGAUGGAUACAUUAUACCUAAAGGGUGGCAGAUCUUUUGGGUUACAUCAAUGACUCACAUGGACAACAAUAUUUUCCCAGAACCAUCAAAGUUUGAUCCAAGUAGAUUUGAAAACCAAGCAUCUACACCACCUUAUUGCUUUGUUCCAUUUGGAGGGGGAGCAAGAAUAUGUCCAGGAAAUGAGUUUGCUAGGAUUGAAACUCUGGUGGCAAUUCAUUACCUUGUGACUAAGUUCAGUUGGAAGCUACUUUCAGACAAUUCUUUCAGCAGGGAUCCUAUGCCAACACCAACUCAAGGCCUACUUAUUGAACUUUUCCCACGGAAACAACUAUCUUAGCUCUCAUUCAACAAGUUCUGGUCUCCCUAAUAAGAUUCUUACUAGAAUAGUAUGUUAUGAAGAUUAUUGUAUAUCUGUAUUAGCUUAUUUUGUGUUCAACUUCAAUAUACACUUCAUGGUUAAAAUUUUAUUAGGACGACCUGUUGUAACUUGUAAGGGAAAGGUAAUAUUAACUUUUUUCUUAUGAGUAGGAAUCAAACUCGGUGCUGCGGGCUUGCAAUACUCGCACACACCCUGCUAAUGUAUAUGUUCUGUAAAUGCGUAAGCAGGUAUGACUAUAAUAAUAAAUGUACAUUACAGAAUUGAUGUAAACA